UAAAUAAAAUUUCUCUCUCUUUGUUUAUUCGUUAGGUCUCAAAGGCUCUCUCUGUCUCUUUCUCAAAAAUCAUCUGCAGGAAGUGAAUCGUCAAAACCGAGUUUGGAGGAUCUGUCUUGAGGGUUUGGUUUUUUGGAUCUAGGAGUUUUUUUUUGGUUGAGAAAUGGCUUCGAAAAGGAUCUUGAAAGAGCUCAAGGAUCUCCAGAAGGAUCCUCCAACUUCCUGCAGUGCUGUGGAUAAUGCGUCGAAAUUGUUGGUCUUAAUAGAGUUAGAGGAUUGUUGUCGGAGAUUCUCAAACUGUUCAUGCAUUCUUCUGCUAGAGAAGUCUCAGGACAUUGCUAUGGCACAUGUUUUGUUGUGCCCAGUUGCUGAAGACAUGUUUCAUUGGCAAGCUACAAUAAUGGGUCCAUCUGAUAGUCCUUAUUCAGGCGGUGUCUUUCUCGUAACCAUUCACUUCCCUCCGGAUUAUCCUUUCAAACCACCAAAGGUUGCAUUCAGGACAAAAGUGUUCCACCCUAAUGUCAACAGCAAUGGAAGCAUUUGCCUUGACAUUUUGAAAGAACAAUGGAGUCCUGCACUCACCAUAUCGAAGGUUUUGCUUUCGAUAUGUUCAUUGUUAACGGACCCAAACCCAGAUGAUCCAUUGGUUCCAGAGAUUGCUCACAUGUACAAAACCGAUAGAGCAAAGUAUGAGUCUACUGCGAGAAGCUGGACUCAGAAAUAUGCAAUGGGAUGAAAGUUUGUGUCCUUUGAUCCCUCACAGACUCGGUUUUAAUAGAGAGAGAGAGAGAAAGAGAGAGGACUUCUUCACAUAGGGAUCUUCCAUGAAAUAAGUUAGAUUCCUAUGUUUUAUCAUCUCUUUGUUUGAAACCUCUUUAAUCUCAAACAAAAACAUUACUUCACCUCUUUAUUAUCCAUAUGUUCCCUAUCUUUGUUUCUAUGCUUUUUCCAAAAAAUUAUAAGAAAAAUUAUUUAUGUAAAGCUGGAAACUUUGAGCUUUUACCUAACAAAGUAUGACGAUGAUUAAAUGGGAACAUUUGACAUUUGCUACC